AUGGACAACUCGCCAAGAAAGAUCAAUUUUGGAGCUGGACCCGCUAAAUUGCCAGAAGAGGUUCUGGUCAAAGCACGUGAUGAACUACUGAACUUUAACAGUACAGGCAUCAGCAUUUUGGAAAUGUCGCAUCGCUCGAAAGACUUUGCCGAAGUGUUGGAAGAAACAAAGUCACUGCUUAGGGAACUCAUGAAAGUCCCAGACAACUUCGAGAUUCUAUUCAUGCAAGGAGGAGGCACUGGCCAAUUUGCUGCUAUACCCCUGAAUCUCAAGGGAGAUAAGGAAUUCGCUGAUUACAUUGUGACCGGUGCCUGGUCGAACAAGGCGGCUGCUGAGGCUAGCAAAUUUAUCAGAGUAAAGAAGGUAUUCAAUCCUACCAAACCCUUCGUCACCAUCCCUGAUCAGAGCAAGUGGGAUCACGACAAGGAAGCCGCUUAUCUCUACUACUGUGCUAAUGAAACCGUACAUGGAAUCGAAUUCCAUACUCCUCCAUUUUCGGUACAUGGAGUUCCUCUAGUAGCUGACAUCUCAUCGAACUUCCUCUCAAGACCAUUUGACUUCGCUCACCAUGGAUUGGUGUUUGGUGGCACACAAAAGAACCUUGGUGCAGCUGGUUUGACCGUUGUAAUGGUUAGAAAGGAUUUGAUUGGAAAAGCUCAACCAACGACUCCAGCAAUACUCAGUUAUCAGGAUAUGGUAGAACAUAACAGUCUUUAUAAUACCCCAGCCGUCUAUGGAAUCUAUUUGACCAACUUGGUCCUGAAAUGGAUCCGUGACCAAGGAGGUGUGGAUGCUAUCUACGCUAUCAACAAGAAAAAGGCCGAAACCAUCUAUAACCUGAUCGAUAACUCGAAUGGAUUCUACACUUGCGCUGUGGACAAGCAAUGCCGAAGCUAUAUGAAUGUUUGUUACCGAAUCAAAGGAGGUGACGAAACACUCGAAGCCGAAUUUUUGAAAGGCGCCCAGGCCAGAGGAAUGAUUUCUCUGAAAGGACAUAGAUCCGUUGGAGGCAUUAGAGCAUCUCUUUACAAUGCCGUAACCCUGCAAGAAACGGAACAACUUGCCAAUUGGAUGCGCGAAUUUAUGAAGAACCAGGCUGCUUAAAUCAUCGGCUGUCUGAUUCGCCUCAUUUAUAUUUAUUUGUGUAUUUGAAAGAGUAGCUAUGUUUUUUUGUCGUUUACGUGAGUAUGCGCAUUGUGUAAUUUUGCACAAUAAAUAUUUCUCAGUA